AUGGAUAAUAAAAAUAAAUACGAUAGAAAAUGUGCAAUACAUAAAGAGCACAAAAUCAAAAUAAUAUGUGCAACAUGUAAGGUAGUAGUAUGUAUUGAAUGUAUUCUUUCAGAUCAUAAUGGUCAUAAACUUGAUCGUAUAGAUGUGGAGAAUUCAAAAAAAAUCUUUGAAGAAUUUAAAAAUAAUCAUAUUCAAAAUUUAGAUAAACAAAUUGAUAUCAAUAAUGAAUUAUUAAAUAAAUCAAAUAACUUAUUUAAAUCAAUAGAAGAUAAACACACUGAAAAUGUAAAUACAAUCACAGAAGUAUUUAAAGAACUCUCCAAAUUAUUACCAAUCAUUGAAAUUGAUAAAAUCAAACAAUUAGUAACACUCUAUGAUGAAAAUAAAGAUAUCAAUACAAACAUUUCAACCACAAUACAUGAUAAUUUAAAUAAUAUUAAUUUAAUUACAAAUAAAUAUAAAAAUACAAUAAAUCAUAUAAAUAUUGAUAAAAUCAUUAAUAAUAAUAACGAUCAACAUAUUGAAAUAUUAAAACAUUGUUCUCAAUCACAACUAUUAAUAAAAGAUAAUCAAAAUGAAAAUAAAAUCAAAGAAUUAAUAAAUCAAUAUAAAAAUGUAAAUAUUGUAAAUAAUAGCGAACAAGUUAAAAAUUCAAUUAAAGAAAUAUUUGAAAUUAGCAAUUCUCUCUCUAUUACAAAUGUAAAGGAUCCAAAAAGAGUUAUUUCUGGAAGAUUUACAGCUGAAUAUUUUAUUUAUAAAAAUGAUUCUAUCAUUCCAAAUGGUACUAUUCAUGUAGCGAUUGGACCAAGUGUUAAAACAAUUAAAAUAGGUUCAAUUCCAACAUCGGUUCAAAAUUUACUAUUACUUGAUGGAUUCAAUGUUCAACUGACAGAAGGCAUGCUACCACAAUCAAUUAGAUUUCUAUUUGUUGGUGCAAUUAAAAAACCAUUGUUAAAAAGUUCAAUACCAAAUGGUGUUAUUGCUUUGUCAUUAUUAGAUGGAUUUAAUCAAGAAAUAACUGAAAUACCACAAUCAGUUAAAGAGUUAUUCCUUUUUGAUACUCCUUUAACAAAUUUCCCAUAUUCCAAAAUCCUUAUUCACAGAAGCCCAAAAUAUAAACAACAACUCACUCACUCAAAUGUGAGAAAUUGGGAUGGUGGUAAUUGGGAGCCUAAAAUUGAAUUUUAA